ACAGGGAGGCUGAAGGGCGCAGCGCAUCGUGCACUGAGGAGGGGUUGGCGUGCACGGGGGAGGCGCCCGACAGAGAAAGGCCGACGGCACCGCGGCUGCCACCAAUCUCGCAAUUAACCCUCGAUGAGCGCAGAUUUGCUUUCACUGAAAACGGGCGCAGGUGCGUCUGAUUGCGGCGCGGCGCAGCUGAGCGCUCCGGCGUGCGUGACUGGAAAACUGACGCAUCUUAUGCUAAACAGAAACUAUAUAGCGGGGACGGAGUGAGCAGUCGGGUUUAUCUCUCAACAGGACUGGGGGUGCAUGUUGCAAUGAGAUUCCGCCCGGUAUUCGUCUUCUUCUUGCAGGCUCUGAUUCUGGGGCAUCGCGGAAUUGAUUUUUUUUUUUUUUUUUUGGGACACCCCCAAAUCGGAGUUUGACCGCGGUGUCAUUGCCCUUUUCUUUUUUUUCUCUCCACUGCUGCUGAUCGGCAUCCCCUCGGCGGAGGAAGGAAAGAAAGAAAUAAAAAGUGUCCGCUUCACUACUCUACAUCUGAUCAUCGGACGGCUGGGGAUGAGGAGCGCGUCCCCGCGUGGAUCCGCGUGAAGAGGCGAGCAGGGGUUUGUUGAGGUUUCUCUCAAGGACGGAGGAGGAAAGUGAGCAUGCAGUCCAGCAUGGAGCAGGACGACGCCGUGAGCCCGUCCAAGAAGACCAUCCUGGCCAAGAUGUUUAAAGUUCGCAAGAGGAGGGAGAUGCUGUUCGUUCAGGUGUGCUUCAUCUGCAGUGUCCUCUUCGUGGCGUGGAGCAUGUCGCUGCUGAUGAACAAGACAGGGCAUGGGAUGAUGGUGGAGGGACACCCAGACCUUCAGCACUGGGGUAGGCGGCUCAUGGCUUCACUGCAGGAAAAUGAGACGGAGCCAAAGAACUGCUCAGCGCCAGCAAUACACGAGUUCCCUGAUGACAUUUUCACCAACGAUGAACGAAAGACGGGAGCAGUUAUGCUGCACAUUGUGGCGGCUCUCUACAUGUUCCUGGCCCUUGCCAUAACAUGUGACGAAUACUUUGUGACAGCGCUGGAGAAAAUCUGUGAGAAACUGGAUCUGAGUGAAGAUGUUGCCGGAGCCACCUUCAUGGCAGCUGGCAGUUCUGCACCAGAGCUUUUUGCAUCCGUAAUUGGUGUCUUCAUCACCCAUGGUGAUGUGGGGGUGGGAACCAUCGUUGGCUCAGCGGUCUUCAACGUCCUAUGCAUCAUUGGUGUCUGUGGGAUUUUUGCUGGACAGGUGGUGAUGCUGACCUGGUGGGCUGUUUUUAGAGACUCCUUCUACUACGUCCUGUCUAUUGUGGCUUUGAUAGCAUUCAUCUAUGAUGAGAAGAUAGUUUGGUGGGAGAGUUUAAUACUGGUACUCAUGUACGCAGGAUACAUCCUCAUCAUGAAAUUCAACUCUAGCAUGCAGCGAUUUUUCAUGGGAAAGUCCAACAAAAACGUGGCCAACGGUAACGCCGCAGCCAGCAGUGAGAUGGAGGAUGUCAAACCUACUAAGGCUUACAGCCGCGGCUCAGUGGUGAUGGUGGAUGAGAUCAUAAACGCCAGCCCUACAAAGUACAGGUUCCCAGAGGCCGGCCUCCGUGUCAUGGUCACCAGCCACUUUGGACCCAGAACCCGGUUGCGGAUGGCCAGUCGUCUCAUCAUUACAGAGCGCCAGAAGUUGGUGCAAGCUGCCAACGGUGUGGAGACGCAAGUGAUUGACGGGAAGGUCGAGAUUGAGAAUGGAAACGUGCCAGAGGACAAACCCACUGAACCAGAGGAAAACGAAACCAUCUCACCCUUUCAUAUUCCAAGGGGUAUCGGCAGCAAGUUGAAGUGGCUGAUGUCGUGGCCUCUGCUCCUCCUGCUGUUCUUCACCGUCCCAAACUGUGCGAAGCCUCGCUGGGAGAAAUACUUCAUGCUCUCCUUCAUCCUGUCUACCGUCUGGAUUGCCGUCUUCUCCUACUUCAUGGUCUGGAUGGUCACUAUAAUUGGCUACACUCUGGGAAUCCCGGACGUCAUCAUGGGCAUCACGUUCCUGGCGGCAGGCACAAGCGUGCCGGACUGCAUAGCUAGUCUCAUCGUGGCUCGGCAAGGUUUGGGGGACAUGGCAGUGUCGAAUACUAUUGGAAGUAAUGUAUUUGAUAUUCUCGUGGGACUUGGGGUUCCCUGGGCGAUACAGACCAUGUGUGUCAGCUACGGAUCAGAGGUGGCCAUCAACAGCAGAGGGCUGGUGUACUCGGUGGUGCUUCUGCUGGGCUCCGUGGCUCUUACGGUGCUGGGCAUCCACCUGAACAAAUGGCGGUUGGAUUUCAAGCUGGGCGUGUACGUCAUCGUCCUGUAUGCAGUUUUCCUCUGCUUCUCCAUCAUGAUAGAGUACAACGUGUUCACUUUUGUCAACCUGCCCAUGUGCAUGGAGGAGUAGAGCACAACAGCAUGCCUUGAAGACCAAAACCUCAAUGCUCCCAUUGCAGUCAGUUUUUUUUGUUUUUUUUCAGUCAAUAAUACUGGACCUAUCUGCUGACUGUUUUGCCUCUUGCUUGCACUCUUUCUUUGUACUACUUCAGUUCAAAAUGUGAACCUAAUUUUCUUACAAGGCACUUUGCCGUAAGACUGAACUGUCUCUAAAUUGACCCCCUUUGUCACACAGUGCUGGUCCUUUAUGCCCGUUAUUUCAGUCAUUGCCUGUUACUGCGGUAAUGUAUUUUUGUUUUUUCUUUUCUUUUUGCGCCUGAUAACUUUCUACCCAUCCAGCAUGCCUUUUAGAUGUUGGGGACCUCCAGAGUCAUAAGUGCCCCUGUUGAUUGUUGGUGUUUUCACUCUUCACAAUGUAGAUUUUUCACAUAACAUUUCUAAAGGCUUGCCACAAACCAAAUUGGUUUGUCAAGAAGAAAAAAAAUCAUCCUAUGACAAACCCUGUUUCUAAUGAAAAAUCCUCACAUACUGUAGAGAUGACGCUUCUUUUAGUCAUUCCUAAGAGAUAUAACGAGUAACUGUAAUGUCCUAAGAAACAUCCCUACCCGUAGGAGGGUUUGUCCGUGGCAGCUCCCCCCCUCCAGCUUGGACCCGACUCCCCUGGCAUGGCCUUUGGCAUCAGGGAGCAGAUACUGUUGACUCUUCACUCCUGUGCAACUCUAACCCUCAUCUGCUCGAUCUAAUCUGCUUUCUAAAAAAAGACCUUUUAUCAGGAUGGUUUGUCUCGAUGUAUCAGUCCAGAUCGGAUGACUGUGAGGGUGUUAUGCAUCUGCACCAGUGCACAAUGUAAAUUUGUAAACACUUUUUUUCUUUUUUUUCUUUUGUAUUUUCCAAAUCAAGGUUUUGUCUUUUGACAGUUUGAAAUAUGAAGGAGAGCUUCUUGCAAAUAUUGGACAUUGCUUGUCUUUCAAUGGAGAAAAAAAAAAAAAAAUUGCACAUGAAAAUCUUUCUUGCUUUGUGAGGUUUAACCAUGCAGACAUGUGGCUGGAGGUGGUGACGAUCCACUCCGGCACCGUUUUCAUUUAGCCAUUUUGGGUUGUUACACUUUUUUCCUUCUGCACAAGUUCAGAAAAAAACAACAAAAACUGGCUCCAUAUCUGGAUGCAUCUUAAUGGCAGCGGGGUGAAGGGAGUUGUCCAGCAAAUGCAAAGAAACCCGGCGGUUUUCGACACUGUCACUGCGUGGCCAGCAGGGGGUGCUGCAGCUGCGGCCGCUGUUAUCAGGGAAACUCGGACAUGGACAACUCCGGGAGAUGGCGAUGGUCUCUUGAUUUCUGAGUUACAUGUAGAUAUUGCACUUUAACAGCCGUCCUCUCAUUCUGAAUCAACUAGUGCUUCCUUUUGUGCGUGUGUACUUUCAGUGUAUAUCCGUCUGUGUGACGUGUGUGCUCAGUUGGAGCCCACGCUGCGUUUUUCACACCGGCCUCUGGAUUUUGAAAUGGACCAGAACCUCAACAAUGUGAGCACACCUGUCUGUCUGCAGUGCAUGCUGGGACAUUAAACGGCUCCUUCACAGCACAGCAAAAGGCUGAGGGCUUCUGGGUGUCUCCAUGGAUACCGCCUGGCCCACUUUACACAAAUCGGCAGCUAAGAGUACUGCAAACCAGACAUUUUGACAUCAUGCAAAUAUGCCUGUGAGGAGUCCACAAGUGAGAUGCAGACAAAAACUAAAGUGUGUGUGUGAGUGAGUGCGCGCGUGUGUGUGUGGG